AUGGCAGACGCGUCGAGCAAUGGCAGUAGUGGUAGCUCCGGUUAUCAUGAUGGUCGUCGAAGGAUGCACCAUAGAACCAGCGAAGAUGCGAACGGAAGUUCCUCAAACUCUGAGGCUUGUGCCUCUUUCGACAAGCUUCCAAGCGAUCUAGAAAGUUUGGGUAAGCUAUUAAAAAGUUCGUCGUGCAUUCUCGUGGCUUGAUGAGAUUUUUAUCUGAUUUCCGUCGCAAAAUGGUGCGUAAAUUGUACAUUCAGGCCUAUAAUUCUUUUCUUUUGCCAGAACGAGCGUUUGAAAGCUACGAAGACAGAGUAAUCGCCAAAAAAGCUGUCGAGAUCGUCCUCAAUGCAACGAGAAAACGUCCAGGCUUUAAAGGCGCUGUAUCAAUUUGCACAGAGGUCACUAGUCUUUUGCAGAAAAACCGAAGGUAAGUCAUUUUGUUGUACUCGAAAAGAAUAAUCAAAGAAAGAUUUUAUCUGAUGGAGACAAGGCGUUUUAAUAACCCUCGAAAAAAACUUGAUCGGUCACGGUGUUGUAAAGUAGUUGUAGCUGUUGUUGUAUUAUGGUUCUUUCUCGACCACCUCACCACGGUGAAGAAGUCAUUUUCAGCACAGAAAAGAAAUCUCCCAGAAAGGCAGUACAACCGUUCGACAAUGUCUUUUUUUAAUAACCGCUUUAUCUCCUAGCCUUCCGUUUUGCAAUGAAAAAUUAUCAACAUGUUCGAAAGCAAAUUGGCUUUUGAUUAAACAAGAUGGAGCUUGCAUACAACUGCUCCAUCGAGCUUCGUGUCCCUUGAGGUGUCACCAUAAACCACGGCCUCAUUUAAUUUUUUAUUAGGCUGUUCAUUCUGUUUUUCUGAUAGAACAAUGCGUCUGUACAUGUAACUGUUAUUGUUCAGCUGCAAUCUGUUGUUUAGAUUUCGGGAAAUUUUUGUUUCAUAAACUAUGUAAUUGAUAGUUCUUUGUCUUGAAAGGAAGCUUGAUAUCGGGGCUGUGCCGCAUUAUUAAACACUUAAAUCACGUAAUUACCUUUUCUUUGGGCUUGCCUAGCGAUGCGAGUCAGUUUUGUUUGAAUUUUAGCAAUUACUAAUAAAAUUCGCUUUUGUUUUCCAUGGUGAAAUCUCUUUUGUGUCGCUUACGAUAAUACGUGGGCACUCAAGUUUCAAAAGGUCACAACUGCUUGUGAGAUCAUCCAUCGCGUUCGCCUUUUUAUUUCCUUUGUCGAUGAAUCGUCUACGCAGAAAAUAACUUAGACGGAGCUGUAAUUUCGUUUCCCUGUCGAAAUCAGAAAUAGAGAUUUGAAGUGAGAAGGGAAGGCAAACACUCGGAAAUGGAAUUUUGAAGGCAAACAAUAAUCUUAUAAGCCCAACUUGUUUUGACUUUCGCUUUUAGCAAGAUACGUGACCCGGUUUUCUAUUAUCUUUUGAAAAAAACAGAUGACACUGUGCUAGAACAGAGCAGCCUUGAUUUCCAUCGUUUUUUUUUCAAGCUAUUUCGUUAUUAGCCCUUUUGACUCUCCGAACUUUGACAAACAGUUUGAUUAUUUGCAGAGCGUCAAAAAGCAAGUGUUUUUUUGGCAGGUUUUCAAGAGCAACUAUGAACAUAAAAUAAGGCUGUGAAAAGGAAGCAAAUUGCGUGCACUUGAACUAAAAAUAUUGCUUGCAAAGGGGGUCAGCUGCAAUUAAGGGCCAUGCACAGUUUGUGGCAAAUUUUGCAAAACAAUUUUCGGAUAAUUAAGGAGGAGGGAAAAUUCUAGUUAAAGUUAAGGCCGGCUCAGAACAGUAAAGCCUUACAAAAAGGAUACAUGUGCCAUUUUCCGGUGCGCAUGCACAUUCAACAAGUUUUUUGUUUCUGAUCUGCUAAAAAUUUAUGAAUGUCUCUAGCUGAAUUUUCAGUGGUGUUUUUAUUUUGGGUGCUUUUUUUUCUAGCAAUUGCCAUUCAAAAGGAUGAGCAAUACCCUAGAUUUUUGCUUGCUUGAUUGUUUUUUGUUUUGCUUUUUUUAUUUUAUUUUAAUCUGCCAUGAACGUGUCUGAAUUCGCAGGCCCUUUGCCCUCAGUUCCCUUUUUUUUUACCUUAAUAAGAUGGGACAGACAUGUUCAUAGAAAAGUAGACAUCUGUGUGAUAGCUUUGAUAACAUGAAACCAUAAAAAUGUGGCUAAAUAAAUUUUUGAAAAAGUAAACCUGUUUUGGCCACGAGACAGUGUUUCUUCCUAUGUUCCAUAGACACCUGGAAGUGACUGAAAAAGUCAGCAAGCAAGUUGCUGUGCAUGGAGGAUUUUUUUUGACCCACUUGAAAAUGUCUGGACUUCUCACGAAACACUGAAUCCUAUGUGUGAUGUAGCUUUUCAAAGAAAGAAUAAUUCUUGACAAAAUUGAAAGCUAUAAAGCUGGCGGAAUGUUCAUGACGAAGAUCUGAUAUCCAAACCAGUCCUUCACCCUUGCAUUUCCGUAUAUUUUUCAUGANGUAAACCUGUUUUGGCCACGAGACAGUGUUUCUUCCUAUGUUCCAUAGACACCUGGAAGUGACUGAAAAAGUCAGCAAGCAAGUUGCUGUGCAUGGAGGAUUUUUUUUGACCCACUUGAAAAUGUCUGGACUUCUCACGAAACACUGAAUCCUAUGUGUGAUGUAGCUUUUCAAAGAAAGAAUAAUUCUUGACAAAAUUGAAAGCUAUAAAGCUGGCGGAAUGUUCAUGACGAAGAUCUGAUAUCCAAACCAGUCCUUCACCCUUGCAUUUCCGUAUAUUUUUCAUGAAUUAUUAAUGAGUUUAAAAACCUGUGUUAAAGUGAAGAGGUAUUUCUCCCCAGCUGGUUCGUUGUAAGGCUAAAGUACUUUUUUCCAUCAUUGAUCUGCAGUGCUAAGCCUGUUGUAAAGGAGAUAGAUUCUUUGAUUUUCUCUUCUUUUGUAGCAACAGGUACUGUCAGGGUUCUCAGUCAUUAAGUUUUAAAGUAGACAGCUAGGAAGUAAAAAUAGACGGCUUGCCAAUUGAGUGCCGUAGGCAAUUUCAGGCUUCCGCUCUCUCACUUUAUCCUAUUUCCCCAAAAAGUAGACUGCUCAAACCUCCAAGUAGCCGGUUUUUUAGCCGGCUGCCAGCAAUGCCAUGUACCGUGGUUUAAUUGGCAUGUGUAUGUUGUGGGUCAAAUUUGAUUUCAGAUAAAUUUUGAUUUAACCGAGGUUGAUUCUCAAUUUCCUUUGUUUCCUAGUCCUAAUACAUGAAUAAUUAUGACUAGGUGAUGAAGGAAAUUGAGAAUCAACCCAGGUUAAAAAAAUUUACCCUGAAAUCGAAUUUGACCUGUAACAUGUACGUGCAAGACGGGUGAAUUACCAGUAAGAGCUACUCCAUGUUAUCACGUGCUCUUCUCAAACUCAUUAAUAAUUCAUAAAGAAAAUACAAUGAAAUUAAUGUUUAAUCAGAUGAAAAACUGCUCAUUUUUGAAUCCUUAAUUUCUCCUUCUAAAAUCAUUUUGUUUUAGAAGUAACAUCAAGCAUUCAACACAGUGUUUCAUCACCAGAUAAAACACCUCGAAGUUAGUAAAAAAAACUCCACUGCACUUUGUAUUUUCGACUCUCUUCUCGGUGUUUGAUCUGGUGAUAAAGCACAGCGUCUCAUGCUUGAUAUAUUACUUGAAAGUCAUGCAGCCACUGUUACCUUGAGCUUGCAGUGAAGUGCAUAAAUCAUUAAUUUAUUAGUUGUCUCUGCACUAAAAAAAUAAGGUAUAUGGAUUGAAAAUUUAUGUGUGCGUGCUUCUAUGAGGUCAGGUCUCUGGCUAACAGCCCAAAUAAUUAUCAGCAGGACAAUAUUCUUUCAUCAUAGUUGGCAUUUUCUCAUCAUGUGGUUAGCAUGAAAGGAAGUCCUUGCACACCAUCAUCUUUUUCCGAGCCAUUUUUUUGGGAACUUGAAAUGGUUUUGGUAUGGCAUUAUUGGUCUUGUUUCAACUUUGCUUACUGUUUGCAACUUCAUUUUUUCUGAAAAGGUAGUCACUGUGCCUCUUGAUUAGCUAAUUUAGAGGGUAAGUUGGGAAUCAUGGUGUCAUAAGAGACAAAAGACCUUUUUUAAAUAAGAAAAUAUCACGUGCUGGUAUUUUUAAACAAUACUACUAAAAAAACUAUUAUAUUUCACAUUGUUACAACACUUUGUGACUUUGUAUCAUUAUUCGUCAUAUGCCUUGCAUAAAAUUGCUUCACAUCUACACUUCCAGUCCCAAGCAAAGUUGUGGGAUCUUUAAAAAAACUGAGUGCUAACAAGUGCCACGACGGUCCAUUACUUUCAAAGGCGUUCUCCUUUGAGCAAUCUGACUCGUAUAUGGUAUUUUAAGCUCCUUUGCCUUCUCUGAACCCUCCCGCUGCCAACCAAAUGUCCAAAUUUCAUUUUGUGAAAUUUGGAAAAACAAAUUACGCCAUGUGUAAGUACAGGAGGAGAGCUUUUAUUUAAAUGGUCAUAUCAUAGAAUUUCGUCCGCAGACUCAAAAGUGAGAGCAUUCCGGCAGUGAAAGGAUUUAAGUGCUCAAGGAAGUUUAUAUAUAAUCCUUUAGAACAAACAUGUGUUUCCCGUGUAGGGCAGCGGCUCUAUUUGGUACUUAAGAUGCACUUCAACUUCUUUAGUUUUCUUCCUGAGAAUGCACGCACGAUUCAGUUUUGGUUAUUGUGGGUCAUUGUGUAAGAGUUUGAACAAGUUUAUCAAAAAGUCAAAGUUUAAAGAAUUUUCACCGCCUCUUUAACCUCUGUGGACUCGUUCUUACCCGCUUUGCAAACAUAUGCCGGGCUCGAAAAAUGUCUCGUCCAAUAGUACCGGACAAGAAAACGAUCUGAAGGGAAAUGAAAAUUGCUUUGAGUUAGCGGGAGGUUUAAGUUGUAGAGGGUUUGAGUUACCGGGAGUCGACUGUACUACAAUUUUAUGAUCACAACCAACAAACAUAACACUUCUACAAGCUCUUCUGUUAGUGAGUUAAGAAACAAGAAAAUUUUAUCUCCAGUAUUUAAAUACAGAUUCCCAUUGCCGGAAUUUAGUAGAAUUACUUCCUUAACACAAGUCUUGUUAUUCAAGGAAGUAUGAAAAUAAUUAUUUGAAGAUUAUUGACAUCCUGGAAGUGAUAAUAAUAAUAAUAAUAAUGUAGAAAUUUCUAUUGUGCAGUUUUCAUGACAAGGUGAUCAAGGUUUUCUCAUACAUCUGUAGGUGACUUGUAAACCUAAUUCCAAGGGUACAGAUGUGGUAGAAAGCAAUGGCUUUCAUGAUAUCUGUACACAUUUGCUUAUUCAGUUAUAAACCUUUUUUAAACUGCUGCCUAAUUAGUGAGUAUUAUUAGUUCCUGCAUCUAACUCGACUCGUGCACCAUGUUUGGUGCUCAAAAUAACCAUUCAGUGUUGCUCUAGCCGGGAAUUUAUCUCAGGCCUGCCCAACCAGAUUGCACUUGCAAGCUCUAAAACAGAUUUUCCUUGCUCUCUGACUUAGUUGGAGAGAGUUUUUGUGAAAGCCAGCAAAAUCAAAGACAAAUAAAAGCCAAGACUCUGCAGAGCACUCCGGCUAUGCACAGUCUUUUGUUGUAUUCAUUGUAGGAGAAUGCUUUCCUAGUAAAAAUUGCAGUGAGAUUGUAUGGGACAACCAUCAUUAUUUGAACAUAUCUUGGGACUUGAUCGCCAUCUGGCUUCCCUGUUGAUUUAACAAAGGCAAAUGACACCUUCACCAACUUGCCUGGGAUCAAGAUCGCACAAACUCACUCCAUAGCAUUUGNAAAAUUGCAGUGAGAUUGUAUGGGACAACCAUCAUUAUUUGAACAUAUCUUGGGACUUGAUCGCCAUCUGGCUUCCCUGUUGAUUUAACAAAGGCAAAUGACACCUUCACCAACUUGCCUGGGAUCAAGAUCGCACAAACUCACUCCAUAGCAUUUGAUUUUUACGUGUUUUUCAGUGUGUGUGUUUUAAGUGUUUACAGUCCGUCCAAGCUGGCCAAGUAUUCUUAUCAUUAAUAAAGCAAUGAAUUGGUCAAUGGAAAAUUGAUUCCUUUCAUUGGCUCAAUAAUCCUUUCAUGAAAUAAAUAAUCCAAUAUUUAAAUUGAGCUUUGAUUCAACGUUUGAUUGUUGAUUGGAUUAAUGAACGAAAGCCUUGCCAUAUAUAUUAUGGAAUGCUAAGUUCCAGCUCUUCCUUGGUUAAAAAAAAAGUAAAGAUGGCAACUAGACAAAACAGUUUGGGAUGGAUUUACAAAACGGGGAAGGCCUGUCUAGUGCUUUCCGAGAAGAAAGUAUAGAGGUUUAUAAUCAGGGUUUCUGUGCAAAUAAAAUACAUGUAUCAAGCAGUAAUUUAAAGAUAACAGUGUGAUGGCAGCGCAAUAAAAUUGUCUACGAUCACUGACAUUAUGGUACUGUGCUUCCUUUAAGUCGAAGUAAAGCUCAUCAUGGCAGACUGUAACAUGAACACUAUUUUUGCCAAACAGAUACAGGUAAAGCUUUUUUACAUUGAUAGAAUCAACAUCCGUGUUGGACAGAGAGCUGCAAAGCAACGAAAAGUUUAGGGGUAUGCCUAAUACAGUAGUAGAUUAUACAAGCCUUAUGAUUUGAUUUGAUUUUUUUUUAAUCAUUUCUUUGAUAAGCUGGUACGAUUUUCCAUAUUCUCAUCAAUAGCAUUCAAAUAGUAUAUCAUACAGAGGGCCGAGUCUUCAUUGACUUGACAUUUGAAGAAAAAACGCCAUUCACCUUAGGGGUUUUAGGGUUGAAAUUUUAAUGUUGGGUUUGCACCGAUCGCCUUUGACCACAGUAAUAUUAAUCUGGUAGCUUUAUUUGAAGAAAUCGUUGGGUUCUUAGACUUACAGCCCUCCCUAAUGUUAAGUAGCUUAUUAUUGCCAAUCUGGGCAAAAGAUAAUUAACUUAAACUUUGACUUAGGUGUAAUGGACUUUGAUCAGAGAUUUAGUUAUAUUAAGCCAAAAAUAACAACCCAAGACAACUCCGAUAAGUAAGUUACUGAUAUGUGGGUUAGACUUGGGUUGGUGCCAAUCAGCCUUCCAGCAAAUGAUUUGCAAUGAAUAUCUUACCUGUAAUGCGAUAUGCAACGGUAAAAUAACUCAGUGAGCAUGAGGGACCACCCUUUGGAUCACUUACAUCGAAAAGGGGGAAACUUUUGCCUACAUAUUAUGUUGAUUGCCACAUUUAAUUUGCAGUCAUUAUGGCUCUUUGUACCUAUACUCUUUCUUGUCUUUUCCUAUGUGGAGACUAAAAUUAAUAUACCAUCUAAAGACACUUGUUUCUAAAUUUUGAUAAGUACAUGUAAUCUGUAACUAACUUCUGUUGUCUCAGCAGCAAAAGCUCAGCUUCUUUUUAGUACUAAAGAUUGUUAGUAUAAUUUAAUUACAUUUUAUAAAUGUUCUAGCAUUCUAAUAUAUUGUGCUAGUCAAAGACACUAGGAAAGCAGACUUCUUGACCUAAGUUUUGGGUGUUGUGUUGUCCAUUAUUUUUAUUCCCCAAAAGUAAUUGAAGGUCCUAGUACGCAUGCUCUUGGCUGUUCAUCGUGUGAAGGCCUAAGUAAAAUCUCAAGUUACUUUACUUUGCAUCUCAUUCAAGUUGGAAAAUUGAAAUAAUGCAGUGAAGUUUCCAGUGACUUGGAAACCCAUCCUUUUGUCUGACUUACAAAAAAUGUGUGGUUUCUUGAGCUUUGAUGCAGGUGAAACAUGUCAAUCAAGCUUAACCCAUGUCAAUCAAGCUUGACCCCCCUGGAGAAAAUAAAGUUAAGUUGCCUUAGAAUGAAAGAAUGUUAGUUGGUUGUGAAGGGAUAAGUCAGAAAAAUUUACUUGACUCAAAAUAUUCAUAAGUUUAUUCAGACGUAAGUGUAAAGGGUACUGUUAUUCGAUGCAAAUAAACUUAACCUUUUCAAAACCACAGCCAGUUGUGAAGAUAGACGUUUUAUGACAAGCUUGAAACUUCUGAGUCAGUCCUUUUUUGUGUGAUCAUUCAAUUCAACUCAGCUCUUUAGCCCUGAGGCUAGUUUAUGAUCUUACUUGAGCAAUUUUCUUUUUACGACAAGAUGUACACAAGUCUUUUGGAUGCUUUUUGUGGCAUAUUUGUUCAGCAGUUCAGCUAGGUCAUGCAGUUUAUCGGUCUGAAUCUCUAGUUAUUUUUGAAUUUGCCAUCCCCGCCCUAAAGGUGGUUUCGUCUAGACUGCAUGAAACACCUUUUGACUUAAAGAAAAAGAAUCCUUUAUGUUUUAAAGAAUUUUGCUAGACAAGUCAAAGCAGAGUUCACCUUGUGCCUGUUUACAUUUUCCUGAGUUCAGUGAACUUUAAACCAAUAAUUGUUUUGUUAUCUCUGUUAAACUGAUAUCCAAUUUUUUCAGAUGAUUUAGAUUAUGAAAAAAAAAAAACUUGAAAUCUUCUUAUUUUGCAACUGGCGGCUGCCCUUUUGUUUCCAUUACCUUUGACACUGGAGAAAAUAAUCAAAACACAGCUGCAUAAAUAAGGUGUGCUGCUAAAUGAAUGUUAUACCUUCACUGACAGCCUUACAACUGUAACCACAAUUUUGAAUUUAGUGAUGUAGCUUUUCAAAGAAAGAAUAAUUCUUGACAAAAUUGAAAGCUAUAAAGCUGGCGGAAUGUUCAUGACGAAGAUCUGAUAUCCAAACCAGUCCUUCACCCUUGCAUUUCCGUAUAUUUUUCAUGAUUAUUAAUGAGUUUAAAAACCUGUGUUAAAUUGAGGAGGUAUUUCUCCAGCUGGUUCGUUGUAAGGCUAAAGUACUUUUUUCCAUCAUUGAUCUGCAGUGCUAAGCCUGUUGUAAAGGAGAUAGAUUCUUUGAUUUUGUCUUCUUUUAUAGCAACAGGUACUGUCAGGGUUCUCAUUAAGUUUUAAAGUAGACAGCUAGGAUGUAAAAGUAGGCGGCUUGCCAGUUGAGUGCCGUAGGCAAUUUCAGGCUUCCACUCUCUCACUUUAUCCUAUUUCCCCAAAAAGUAGACUGCUCAAACCUCCAAGUAGCCGGUUUUUUAGUCGGCUGCAAGCACUUAAUGAGAACCAUGUACCGUGGUUUAAUUGGCAUGUGUAUGUUGCGGGUCAAAUUUGAUUUCAGAUAAAUUUUGAUUUAACUGAGGUUGAUUCUCAAUUUCCUUUGUUUCCUAGUCCUAAUACAUGAAUAAUCAUGACUAGGUGAUAAAGGAAAUUGAGAAUCAACCUAGGUUUAAAAAAUUAAACCUGAAAUCGAAUUUGACUUGUAACAUGUACGUGCAAGACAGAUGAACAACCAGUAAGAGCUAUUCCAUGUUAUCACGUGCUCUUCUCAAACUCAUCAAUAAUUCAUAAAGAAAAUACAAUGAAAUUAAUGUUUAAUCAGAUGAAAAACUGCUCAUUUUUGAAUCCUUAAUUUCUCCUUCUAAAAUCAUUUUGUUGUAGAAGUAACAUCAAGCAUUCAACACAGUGUUUAAACACCUCGAAGUUAGUAAAAAAAAAACUCCACUGCACUUUGUAUUUUCGACUCUCUUCUUGGUGUUUGAUCUGGUGAUAAAGCACUGCGUCUCAUGCUUGGUAUAUUACUUAAGUCUCAACCACUGUCGCAUUGAGUGUGCAAACAAACAAAACUGUAAGUGUGAAGUGCAUAAACCAUUAAUUUAUUAGUUGUCUCUGCACUAAAAAAUAAGGUAUAUGGAAUGAAAAUUUAUGUGUGCAUGCUUCUAUGAGGUCAGGUCUCUGGCUAACAGCCCAAAUAAUUAUCAGCAGGACGAUAUUCUUUCAUCAUAAUUGGCAUUUUCUCAUCAUGUGGUUAGCAUGGAAGGAAGUCCUUGCACACCAUCAUCUUUUGCCGAGCCAUGUUUUUGGGAACUUUAGAUGGUUUUGGUAUGGCAUCAUUAAUGGGUCUUGUUUCAACUUUGUUUACUGUUUGCAACUUCAUAUUAUCUGAAAAGGUAGUUACUGUGCCUCUUGAUUAGCUAAUUUAGAGGGUAAGUUGGGAAACAUGGUAUCAUAAGAGAUGAAAGACAUUUUUUUUUACAUGAAUGUAUAAUAAAAUAUCACGUGCUGGUAUUUUUAAACAAUGCUACAAAAAAAAACUAUUAUAUUUCACAUCGUUACAACACUUUUUGACUUUGUAUCAUUAUUCGUCAUAUGCCUUGCAUAAAAUUGCUUCACAUCUACACUUCCAGUCCCAAGCAAAGUUGUGGGAUCUUUGAAAAAACUGAGUGCUAACAAGUGCCAUGAUGCUCCAUUACUGUCAAAAGGCUUUCUCCUUUGAGCAAUCUGACUCGUAUAUGGUAUUUUAAGCUCCUUUGCCUUAUCUUAACCCUCCCGCUGCCAACCAAAUGUCCAAAUUUCAUUUUUUGAAAUUUGGAAAAACAAAUAGCACCGUGUAAGUACAGGAGGAGAGCUUUCAUUUAAAUGGUCACAUCACAGAAUUUCGUCUGCAGACUCAAAAGUUAGAGUCACCAUACAAAACUCCAUCAAGCAUUCUGGCAGUGAAAGGAUUAAAGUGCUCAAGGAAGUUUAUAUAUAAUCCUUUAGAACAAACAUGUGUUUCCCGUGUAGGGCAGCAGCUCUAUUUUGUACUUAAGAUGCACUUCAACUUCUUAUGUUUUCUUCCUGAGAAUGCACACACGAUUCAGUUUUGGUUAUUGUGGGUCAUUGUGUAAGAGAUUGAGCAAGUUUAUCACAAAGUCAAAGUUUAAAGAAUUUUCACCACCUCUCUAACCUCUGUGGACUCUUUCUUACCCGCUUUGCAAACAUAUGCCGGGCUCGAAAAAAGUCCCGUCCACUAGUGCCGGACAAGAAAAGGAUCUGAAGGGAAAUGAAAAUUGCUUUGAGUUAGCGGGAGGUUUGAGUUGUAGAGGGUUCAAGUUACCAGGAGUCGACUGUACUACAAUUUUAUGGUCACAACCGACAAACGUAACAUUUCUACAAGCUCUACUGUUAGUGAGUUAAGAAACAAGAAAAUUUUAUCCCCAGUAUUUAAAUACAGAUUCCCAUUGCCGGAAUUUAGUAGUAUUACUUCCUUAACACAAGUCUUGUAAUUCAGGGAAGUAUGAAAAUAAUUAUUUGAAGAUUAUUGACAUCCUGGAAGUGAUAAUAAUAAUAAUAAUUUAGAAAUUUCUAUUGUGCAGUUUUCAUGACAACGUGAUCAAGGUUUUCUCAUACAUCUGUAGGUGACUUGUAAACCUAAUUCCAAGGGUACAGAUGUGGUAGAAAGCAAUGGCUUUCAUGAUAUCUGUACACAUUUGCUUAUUCAGCUUUCAACUUUUUUUAAACUGCUGCUUAAUUAGUGAGUAUUAUUAGUUCCUGCAUCUAACAGUGGCAACUUGAAUUAUUGCAUCUUUUUGUGUAAAGAUUCGUGCACCAUGUUUGGUGCUCAAAAUAAGGCUUCAGUGUUGCUCCAGCCAGGAAUUUAGCUCAGGUUUACCCAACCAGAUUGCACUUGCAAGCUCUAAAACAGAUUUUCCUUGCUCUCUGACUUAGUUGGAGAGAGUUUUUGUGAAAGCCAGCAAAAUCAAAGAUAAAAGCAAAGACUCUGCAGAGCACUCCGGCUAUGCACAAUCUUUUGUUGUUAUCAUUGUAGGAGAACGCUUUCCUAGUAAAAAUUGCAGUGAGAUUGUAUGGGACAACCAUCAUUAUUUGAACAUAUCUUGGGACUUGAUCGCCAUCUGGCUUCCCUGUUGAUUUAACAAAGGCAAAUGACACCUUCACCAACUUGCCUGGGAUCAAGAUUGCACAAACUCACUCCAUAGCGUUUGAUUUUUACGUGUUUUUCAGUGUGUGUAUUUAGAGUCUUUACAGUCCGUCCAAGCUGGCCAAGCAUUCUCAUUGUUAAUAAAGCAAUGAAUUGGUUAAUGGAAAAUUGAUUCCUUUCAUUGGCUCAAUAAUCCUUUCAUAAAAUGAAUAAUCUAAUAUUUAAAUUGAGCUUUGAUUCAACGUUUGAUUGUUGAUUGGAUUAAUGAACAAAAGCCUCGCCAUUUAUAUUAUGGAAUGCUAAGUUCCAGCUCUUCCUUGGUUAAAUAAAAAAGUAAAGAUGGCAACUAGACAAAACAGUUUGGGAUGGAUUUACAAAACAGGGAAGGCCUGUGUAGUGCUUUCCGAGAAGAAAGUAUGGAGGUUUAUAAUCAGGGUAUCUGUGCAAAUAAAAUACAUGUAUCAAGCAGUAAUUUAAAGAUAACAGUGUGAUGGCCCUGCAAUAAAAUUGUCUACCAUCACUGACAUUUUGGUACUGUGCUUCCUUUAAGUCGUAGUAAAGCUCAUCAUGGCAGACUGUACCAUGAACAGUAUUUUUGCCAGAGAGAUACGGCUAAAGCUUUUUUUCAUUGAUCCAAUCAACAUCUGUGGUGGACAAAGAGCUGCAAAGCAACGUAAAGUUUAGGGGUAUGCCUAAUACAGUAGUAGAUUAUACAAGCCUUAUGAUUUGAUUUGAUUUUUUUUUAAAUUAUUUUUUUGAAAACCAUAAGCUGGUGCGAUUUUCCAUAUUCUCAUCAAUAGCAUUCAAAUAGUAUAUCACACAGAGGUCAGAGUCUUCAUUGACUUGACAUUUGAAGAAAAAAUGCCAUUCACCUUAGGGUGUUUAAGGGUUGAAAUUUUAAUGUUGGGUUUGCACCGAUCGCCUUUGACCACAAUGAUGAAUCUGGUAGCUUUAUUUGAAGAAAUCAUUGGGUUCUUAGACUUGCAGCCGCCCCUAAUGUUGAGUAGCUUAUUAUUGCCAAGCUGGGCAAAAGAUGAUUAACUUAAACCUUGGGCUUGAGUUAGGUUAAAUGGACUUUGAUCAGAGAUCCAGUUAUAUUAAGCCAAAAAUAACAACCCAAUUAAGACAACUCCGAUAACUAAGUUACUGAUAUGUGGGUUAGACUUGGGUUGGUGCCAAUCAGCCUUCAAGCAAAUGAUUUGCAAUGAAUAUCUUACCUGUAAUGCAAUAUGCAACAGUAAAAUAACACAGUACGUAAGGGACCACCCUUUGGAUCAUUUGACAUUGAAAAGGGGGAAACUUUUGCCUACAUAUUAUGUUGAUUGCCACAUUUAAUUUGCAGUCAUUAUGGCUCUUUGUAGCUAUACUCUUUCUUGUCUUUUCCUGUGUGGAAACUAAAUAUACCAUCUAAAGACACUUGUUUCUAAAUUUUGAUAAGUACAUGUAAUAUGUAACUAACUUCUGUUGUCUCAGCAGCAAAAGCUCACUAAAGAUACUAAAGAUUGUUAGUAUAAUUUAGUUACAUUUUAUAAAUGUUCUAGCAUUCUAAUAUAUUGUGGUAGUCAAAGACACUAGGAAAGCAGACUUCUUGACCUAAGUUUUGGGUGUUGUGUUGUCCAUUAUUUUUAUUCCCCAAAAUGUAAUUGAAGGUCCUAGUGCGCAUGCUCUUGGCUGUUCAUCGUGUGGAGGCCUAAGUAAAAUCUCAAGUUACUUUACUUUGCAUCUCAUUCAAGUUGGAAAGUUGAAAUAAUUCAGUGAAGUUUCAAUUGACUUGGAAACCCAUCCUUUUGUCUGACUUACAAAAAAUGUAUGGUUUCUUGAGCUUUGAUGCAGAUGAAACAUGUCAAUCAAGCUUAAUUAAUUAACCCCCCUGGAGAAAAUAAAGAUAAGUUGCCUUAAAAUUAAAGAAUGCUAGUUGGUUGUGAAGGGAUAAGUCAGAAAAAUUUACUUGACUCAAAAUAUUCAUAAGUUUAUUCAGACGUAAGUGUAAAGAAUUAAGGGUACUGUUAUUCGAUGCAAAUAAACUUAACCUUUUCAAAACCACAGCCAGUUGUGAAGAUAGACGUUUUAUGACAAGCUUGAAACUUUUUGGUCAGUCCUUUGGUAUGAUCAUUCAAUUCAACUUAGCUCUUUAGCCCUGUGGCUAGUUUAUGAUCGUACUUGAGCAAUUUUCUUUUUACGACAAGAUGCACACAAGUCUUUUGGAUGCUUUUUGUGGCAUAUUUGUUCAGCAGUUCAGCUAGGUCAUGCAGUUAAUCAGUCUGAAUCUCUAGUUAUUUUUGAAUUUGCCAUCUGGGCCCUAAAGGUGGUUUCGUCUAGACUGCAUGAAACACCUUUUGACUUAAAGAAAAAGAAUCCUUUAUGUUUUAAAGAAUUUUGCUAGACAAGUCAAAGCAGAGUUCACCUUGUGCCUGUUUAGAUUUUCCUGAGUUCAGUGAACUUUAAACCAAUAACUGUUUUGUUAUCUCUGUUAAACUGAUAUCCAAUUUUUUUCAGAUGAUUUAGAUUAUGAAAAAAAAAAAACUUGAAAUCUUCUUAUUUUGCAACUGGCGGCAGCCCUUUUGUUUCCAUUACCUUUGACACUGGAGAAAAUAAUCAAAACACAGCUGCAUAAAUAAGGUGUGCUGCUAAAUGAAUGUUAUACCUUCACUGACAGCCUUACAACUGUAACCACAAUUUUGAAUUUCCAUUAGUGUUGGUAGGAUCACUGAGAAAGUCUUAUAUUGCUUACAGAAAAUCAGUAUUGUUCAUUUGUAAGUGCCUAAUUUUGAAGCAAAUUCCACGUAUUUCAGCCUGGUGCAAGUUCACUGAACCUUAUCACGUUUGCAUGCAACCUUUCAUACAAAAGUCAUUGUCUUUGUUCUAUUUAUGGACGCAAAGUCAGUCAAAGAAGAAAAAAUCACAAAAAAGUUAAAAAUUACUUUUUUAAAUUUACCCUAAGAAAUAGUUAUUAUAGUGCAAAAGUUCUGCCAAAUAUGUUUCAUUAAAAUGGUAACAUCAUAGGAUUUGCUUCACAGAUUUAAAAGUUGAAGCGACAAAAAGUCUCGUCAUAAUUUGUCUAGAAGGUAAAGGGCUAAAGUUUAUGUCCAGAGCCUCACAAAAAUUAAAGGCCGGGUUCCUGAAAGGCCGAUUUGCGUUAAUCCAGGAUUAAAAUUUUGUUCCAUUGGAGUUAAGGCUCAACAGUAUUUUGUGACCUCGAAUUGCGUGUUCUUAGAUGAGAAAACCGCGCUUGAAAUUUGCCAUAAUUCUAGGUGAAACUUAACCAUCUUUUGAGGAACUGGGCCCAAGACUGUAGAAAUCCACCUUAACAGAGGGGUAAAUAAAUAGAGUAUGGAGAAUGUUCUUGUACUUUAAUUUUAAGGUGAUUUAUUUUCACUUUAGCGUGCAUGCUGGUCAAACUACAGACUGAAAAAUAUAAAUCAGCUGCAAUUUUAUAUAUUUCAAUGCACGUACCCUUAUUAACUGUGACUCCAGUGGGGGAAAGCUGUAUGGAGGAGGUGAAAAAUAGCUGUUCUUUAUGGCCGCUUUGAUAUUUCUCAUAGCUUUUACCUUCUAAACAGUGUGAAAGGAAACAGAGGGGUAGGGAACUGAGAGUGGACUGUCCCAAAAGCGACUUACAUCAAUUUUCUUUUGAACAAUAUUUCAAUACAUACUGGUCAUCGAGAGAAGAGGGAAAAUGCCUUGAUCUUUUAUCUAAUUCUCUCACCCAGUUUUCUAAGGAAUGUAUGGAGGUCAGUCAGGAUCAUUUGCAUGUGGAUGUUGGUUCUUAUAGGGUUAAGCAGACAUUUUUUUUAGGGCAGGUUGGGAAUUAGGCACUUAAGAAACCAGAAGGAUUAAACUGGGCCGAAUUAACUUUCACAAAUACUUCCUGGAUAGCUGGAGAAAACAGCUGACAUUUCAAUGGCGACACCACCACUGGUUUCCCCACCAAAUAACGUCUGAGAAAUGAGUGCAGACAUUCCAUACUGAUGAUGGGGUCUGGGUGGUGCUUCUGAUUGAUCAUGCCAUGGGAAAGUUGAUUCAACCAAUCAGAUCGAAGCACUACCCAGAUCUGGGUAGUGACGCGUCAUCAGUAGGGGAUUUGUGCCCUCGUUUCUCAGACGCCAUUUGGCGGGGAAACCAGUGGUAACAUUGCCAAAUGUCAGCUGUUUUCUCAAGCUACUUGCUGGAUUGUUGCUGGGGACAGAAAAAAAAAAUUGGCCAAUAGCUGACCUGUGAAUCACUUGCAGAUAUAUAGCUAUAAUGCAGGAAUGGCUGUCAUUACUUCUUGUGAUACAGUCGACUCCCGGUAACUCGAACCCUCUAUAACUUGAACCUCCCACCAACUUGAAGCAAUUUUCAUUUCUCUUCAGAUAGUUUUCUAUAUAAUUUUACCCUCGAUAACUCGAACUCCCGAUAACUCAAACUUUUUCCUUUUUCCGUUGAAGUUUCGAAUUAUCGGGAGUCGACUGUAGUUAAUAUUAUUAUUCUUGGUUUCUUUUUUGUAGGCUGGAACAAAUCAUUAACCUUCAGAAUAAAGAGCUUCUGAGGUGCAGAGCUAGGUCAAAGAAAAAUGGUUCACUCACUGCUGGAUACACUGAAACCAAGGUAAAGUAUCUUAUGAAUGCCUUUAUUUUAUCUUAGAUAGGUAGAUAAGUAUUUUAUUUCAACAGGAUAAGAAGAUCAGCAGUGCUGGUGGGGUCGUGCAUACUACAGUUAUGAGAAAAAUAAGAAUUACUAAAAACAAAUGUACAAUUAAAAAUUAAUACCAGUCCCCCAAUAGGUGUCUGCCUAAGAGACAGUUGACUGUAUAUAGAUGGACUGGGUAAUUGUCGUGGUAUUAAAAAAAUGUGGCUAAAUAAAAUUUAGGCAAAGUUAACCUGCAAUGCUGGGCAGCAUUUUUCUCAAUUAUGCUCAGGGUCGUCUGAUUCCCUCUAGCAGGGACACCUCAUGACUUGUGCACACAGUUUCUUGCUUUCAGUUCUUCACAAAGUGUUGCUAUAGUCUUGUUGCUUGCUUGCCAUUUUUGUGCUGUUUUUCCCAACCCCCGCUCCCACUCUAACUCGGGGCUAGGUAAGGAUUGGUUGGUAAGUAUUUCACUGAACAGUUCAGCAUGGCAGUGCCUGGUGGGUCCCCUCACAGGGUUGCAAUGGAUACUUCCUUCCUUGUGCUAACACAUUGCCUGGCUCCACCAGCCCUGUAGGCCCCAGCACCCAAGUAAAUCUAUUGGUGAUGAGUUAAUUUUUAUUUCAACAGGCAAUCCAGGUUAAACCAGUCCAAGUUAGUCGAACCACAAGUCCCCUUCUCAAGGAAGUGUAUGUCAGGAAUUCAAGUCAACAAGCUGCACAGGCAGACCAGACAGAAAUCUCACCAACUGAUGCAAACUGGACACCUGUAAAGGAUGUCUCGGACAAAGGUUAGACACAGUAAUUUUUGUUUGAAAUUUUGAUGAAGGGAUGUUGUUACCUUGUGCAGUUUAGAUGGGUGUGUGACUCGCAUCGAAUAGCCUGGGCCACAGACAAAACUUUGCUCUGGUGAAUUCUGCCUGCGAAACAGUGACAAAAUCCUUUUUCUGCACCCCAUCUGUGUACCAGGAUUUUAGUACGCACCAUGAUUGGCCUGUGUAAAAAAGCCAUUGUUGAUUUGUCAAUCAGGUUAAAAUUUGAGACUUAUUUCUGGUAUUUGGCUGGGUCCUGUGGGAGCCCAGAGAAAGGAUAUUGGCACUGCUUCUCAGAGUUACUAACUGGGGUUAAGUCAAUCUGUGACACAGGUUAAGCGUCAAACUCUAAAUGUGAGGAACCAAACUGUAAAAAUUUAUUACUUAAACUUCAAGAGGUUCAGCCCUAAAUGGCCAAGGUGUAACUGCAACAUGUAGCAAAAUUUUGUAAUAAUUAUUAUCUUGUUCCUUAGCUUGUCCAGAUGUUGAAGAACGAGAUGAAGUUCAGGUACUGUAUGUUUGAUUGUAAGCUCAUUUUUGUUGUAGCAGGAUGCAGCAACUUGUUCCAGCAGAGACAAUACUAUAAUGGCUACAUAAAAUAAGCUCAUACUUGCAUAUCCCUCUCUGGUAUCUUGCCCAUGUGAAAAUUUCGAUUUGAAAAAGUGAGUUUUAUGACCACUCAGGUUUUGUCAGCCUUGGCAAGCGAUGAUUGUAAUAUUCUCGUUCAAAAGAAGUGGUGAUGUUCCUCCAGCUUUGUCUAAUAAUCAGGCUGACCCAAUUUUUUUGCAUACAUGUGUUCCUGUACAGUUUUCAGGUGCAGAGUGCAUGAAACAAUAACAACAACAACAACAACCACAACCACAACAAAACAUUAAAAAGACCAGCAGUGUAACUCCAAAUGAGACUUAUUGUUUGGUUUUCGUUUUUCUUUUGUUGUGCCGGUACAUGCGGAAGAACUCAAAAUGUUUCUUGUUAAGAGGCUCUUAACAUGAUUGCUCUUUCCUUUGUAAAAAACAGAUUCACAAUAAAAUGACGAAAGCCGAAGAAAAUUGGUUGAAAGGUAAGGUAUCAUAGUUUUCUAGCUGUUGUAGGUAACGCGGAGAAAUUCUCUUGCAUUAAAUCUGUUGUGUGUUUCGUUUCUCUCUCUUUUUAGUACAAGAAGAAAAUAUUCACCUUAAAAAUGAGUUGAUUACUUUAAGAAAUGAAAUGGAGGUAUAGUGAUGUUCUUAUAUUUUUUUUAAUGCUAUUAUUAAUAAUAGUAAAUAAUGAUAAUGCUAAUAAUACUAAUAGUGAUUAUUGAUUUUUUAAUGACUAUGAUAAUGGUAAUGAUUACAAUGGUGGCUGGAAUGAAUUAUAAGUUGCAAAAAAAAAAAAAAACAUUGUGAUGAAUAAUCACUCUGAUGAUAAAUAUUGCUUCUGUUAUUAUUUUUAGUUGUGUUUUGUUUAAACAAAAUUUAGCUUUGCUGAUAUAAAAAAUGAUAAGUUCCCAUAACAGUGUUUUUUCUUUUUUUUUGCUAUCACAGUCUCUAAAGAAGAAGGAAGCGACUGUUUUCCCUGUAAGUCAAAAAUUGAUUUAAAAUAAAUGCCCCAGCUGUAUUGUUCCACUCAUGUGUGCUGAGUCUAACAAAGAUGUCAAUCAUGUGCAACCCUCCUACACAGCACCUUUUGACUUUUGUCAUGAGCAGGGCAAAAAACUUUUUUUUCACUUCACUUUUCCAUCGGACAAGUACUGUGAAGAUUUUGGUUGUCCAAACAUAAAAUCCACUCGUCCAAAGAAAAUAAAAAGCUGCCAAAUUAGAUUUUGAGGUUGCGACUGGUACUAUAUUCUAUGCAAGCUAUCAACUCCUGAUCUUACAAAGCAGAAAAAAAGAAUAUUGCUCAAGAUAAAUUUUACUUGUCCGGUUGGACGAGUUGCUUUAUGAGUUUCAGUUGUCCAAGGCAAAGAGAGUGAAAGAGUGAAAGUUUUUCGCCCUGAUGGGAAACAAUUUUUCAGGAAGUUGGUGGAAAGAGGUAUUUAACCCUUUAAGCCCCAAUAUCCACAUUUUAAUUCUCCAAACUGAUCUCUAUACAUUUCCCGUAAAAAUUAGUUAAGAGAACUCUUGAUAAAAGAUCAAAGUAUUUUUUCUUAGGUGAUCAUUUUAUUAAUUUUCAUAAAUAACCUCAUUUCAUGACAAUGUAUGGAUAUUGUUAGAAGAAAACUGCUGUUGGUCACUCUUGGGACUUACAGGGUUAAAAAGGUUCUCCCCUUCUCUUUUUGCGCCGUUUUUCAUUUCUUCACUAUUUCACUGCUUGCUUUCUUUUUUCACUCAUCUGCACUGACCAAAAGCCUGGCACGGUCUAACAGUAAUAUUGCUUUUGUAGAACAAUAGGGGGCGGGGGGAGGGGGGGUGGGGCAGGGGUUAUACUUUCCUAAAGUAGGCAGUCCUCUAGAAUUUUUGCUUUGAUUAUCUAUAUUUACAGACAAUCUCUGAGGGUCAACCUACUGCUUCUCAAACAGUCACGUCACUUGCUAAACAGUUAGAACAACAAAGCAAAGGCAAAACAAGGUAAGUAAGGCACACACAUUAAACCUUUUCAACUCAAUGGUCUGGGUCCUGCUGAAAAAAAAAAUACUGAGUACUGGUAAAUAAGAAAUAAAGCGCUUUACCCUUGUGCUCCCAUGUUAAAUCACCAAUACUUUCAGAUGAAAUACCAUGAAUGACCAAAUAAACGCCCAGGGUGGAAGGCCUCAGUGCAAAAGCAGCACCUAAAUGUAACGCAGAACUAAACAAAUUUUGGUCUUUAGCUUUCUGGGGCAAGAUUUUCACUUUAUUAGGCCGACGUCACACACAAAAAACGUCAACGUUCCUUGCAGUUUAUUUUGUUGCCCUAUAAUGUCUUGCAUAACAAAACAAUGUGUUUCUUGAAAUCAUUAAACUUUAAGACUGGCUCAUUGAAUUCUCUGAUUUCCCAUCUGCUGUACGCAUGGAAACAAAGAUAGACAUUCCAAGAUCUCCAGGUCAUUGUUAUCAAGUUACACAUCCCUAUCUCGUUAGGCUAAGAUUUUUCUUUUUUACCCCACUCCUCUUGGGAGCCUGAUCACAAGCUAACUUUCCUUUGUCUUGAUAGUUUGCCAGGACCAUCAACCCAGAGAGAAGAAGUGAGUGUCUUAAUCUUGUGCUUUUAUUCACUGCUUGACUUAGAAAAGCACUAUAUGGCCCCUGUACUAAUCAAGGCCGUGCUUUAAGAAAAAGUUGCAGGGAGCCCAGUGCCCUGAACCUGUGAAAUCCAGGAUACCCAGCAUGGGAUGUUACUCGAGAGCAAUAGUUAGGCACCAGGGGGCCCUGGUGUUAGCUUUACUAACAGUAUUGCAAGGCAUAUAAAAAAUUUCAAUGUUAGUCACAUUCUCUACUACAGCCAAAAGUCCUCCAAGCUGGCUGAGCAAACAAAUGUUAGACUUGGAGAACUGCCUUAAGAAUGAGAACAAAGUACUUUUAAACAGGGCCGUGCUCAAGAAGCACCGAGUUACCCCUGACAACUUACCAUUGCCCUUGGAAAUCUUAAGAGAUUUUUAGUUUUGCAUAAACCUCAAUCCAUUCCUGCAGUAAUUUUUCUCAGAGCACAACCAUGAUGCUUCGAUGUCCAUUUAACUAAGACCCCUCAAAGUAAUUUCAUUAUAAUUUCAUUUCCCUAAAAUUGUCAUUUUUUGAUUGUAACUAGGACAUUGAAAACAAAUGAUUUUUUCUUUUUUCAUCUGUAAGGUAGGCUCUUCCAGGAAGAAUAACUAAUGACCUGUCAAACUGUUACUUUUGACAGGAAGACCUGAACUAUGAAAACGAACUGCCACAUAUCCCUCAAGCAAGAAAUCAUGGCCAAGCAGUUGAUAACAAACCCAGGGUGUAAGUUCAGCAGAUUUUAAAGGAGAUGUGUUGUAUAGUAAACAAAAUUCACACGCAGGGUCUCAACUCCACUAAAUUGAGUGUAACAAAAUUAACUGGUGAAAACAUAAGCCCCAGUAUCUACAUACAAAUUCUCCAGGCUGAUCUACAUACAAUGCUUAAGAAAUUAGUUGAGAGAAUUUGAUAAAAGAUCAAAGAUUGAUCUCUUUGUAAUCAUUUUCAUAAAUCUCCUAGACUUUGCACUUGACAAUCUAUGGAUAUCAUUAGGAGAAAAUUGAUGUUGGUCACUAGUGGCACUUUAGGGGUUAAAAGAAGUUAUAAACAAUAAGGCACGUACUGUACAAAAGAGGGCAUGGACAAAUCUGAAGAAGAUUGAAAGUGUGAUGGUGAAGCCUGGUGAAUACAUACAAAAUUUAAAGAUGUUUUUUUUAGUCAGUGAGAUGGGCAUUAAUUUUUGUUUCAAAGAAAAACAUAAUUUCUUUCUGUGAAAUGAUGAAAACUAGUCUGGAUAUUAAUUUUACCUGGCAUCAAUUCAAAGUGUUUGUCAUUGUCGUUGAAAUGCUCUGAAUAAUAUGAACAUUUUGGUUCCUCAAUAGCUGCCAUCCACAUCAACGGAGAAAAGGAUUCAGACCUUUUUCAUCUCCAUACAAGGUUUCUCCUGUAAGUUAAGCCUUAACAUUAGCAUACAUUUUCUCCUGUCUGUUUGCCAUUUAAUAUUUGCUUGCUAAUGAGGAGAAUUUGUUGAAUGAUCAACUCCUGUUUUACUUUGUGAUCAUUGCAGUGAUUCUCAUAACUGUAACGUGUAGCCUGAGAAAAAAAAACAGCCAUUUUGCAACACCCCCAUCAGUUUGCCCAAGAAAUGAUGUCUGAGAAACGAGCAUAGAAAUUCCAUUCUCAUGACCUGUCACUACACAGAUCUGGGUAAUGUUUCUGAAUGGUAUUGCAGAGGUGGAGGUGGGCGAAACAUGCUUCAAACAAUCAAAACGACUUCCUAGAUCUGGGUAGUAACUCGUCAUUAUGGAAUUUCUUCCCUCUUUCUUCAGAUGUCAUUUCAUGAGGAUACAAGUGGUGGCAUCACAAAAUGUCUAGUUGCAGCUAGAUCUUUCAGAUCAUUAUAAUGUUUCUGGGAAACUGCCCACCUACCCCUCCCUUAAGCCAACAUUAACACUUAUUUCUCACUUAGGGCAAAAUGUUGGCUUAGGGGAGGGGUGGGUGGGCAGUUUCCCAGAAACCUAUAAUAAUCGGAUCUUUCCAUCUGAGUCUAGCACACUAAAAACAAUGCAGUGCUGAUUUAAGCCGCUAACAUUCUCUGUUUUGUAGAAUCCACAGUCUCAUCUGCAACCAAUCAGGCCCAUUGACAUGUACUCGCAGUGCAAGUGUCGAGGAUGUGUGCUGGCAGUGUCAGAGGAAAAGGAAGUAUUGUGUGGUCAACACACAACAGACAUCGGCAAGAAACAUCCUAAGAGGUAUGUCCCUAUCCCUCAAGUUGGGGUUAACUCACUGAAUUUGAUUGUUUAACCCCUUAGGUCCCAAGAGUGACCAACAUUAAUUUUCUCCUAACAACAUCAGCAACAACAUUAUACAGGGCUGUGC